GUAAAAUUAAUUUAAAUUUAUUUACAAAUUUUUAAUUGCAACGGUCUACUGACAACUUGCCCUACUCCGUAAAAAUCCAUCAGUCUGGCCAUUCUUGUGAAACAGCUGACUGGCCGUAUAUCAGCUGUUUGAAAUUUUCACGGCCAACAAUCAAAAUUGGCGGACGAAACGCGGAAGUAUCUAUAGUUUUAUGUAAUGUUAAGUUGACGAGGAACGACAUCUCCGAAAGAAGCGUUAGUUGUCCUGCCCCACGAUGUUUGUCUACCAGCUCAGGGUCGUCGUCCGUUGCUCGCAGCAGAAACCCUUGCUGCUAUGGGCACCUGUUUGCCACAUGAGCGCAAACGCACCGCUGAAGGAAUACCAGGCACGCGUCAGUUCCGGCCAGCUAAUGACUGAUGACAGGCAGUUUCAAACCAUGAAGCAACUGGAUGCCCUGUACCACAAGAUCCAAAAGUACAGACCGGAUGGCUACAGAACGAGCGGCGGUGGAGGCGGCGGUGGCUUCUUUAGUCGUCUUUUCGGCAAGCAAGCCACCGAGGAGGAGGAUGAUAACGAUCCCAACGCUGGCAGCCAUGCCCCACAGGGACUUUACCUCUACGGCAGCGUGGGUGUGGGCAAGACAACGUUAAUGGACUUGUUUUUUGAUUGCUGCACUCAUAUCGACCGGAAACAGCGCGUUCACUUCACUGCCUUCAUGAACAACGUGCAUACCCGCAUCCAUGAGGUUAAGCAGAGUCAAGGACCUGUCAGUCGGGCCUUCAAUUCUGAAAAGCCCGCUCCAUUUGAUCCUACGAGACCGGUGGCCGAUAUGAUUGCCCGCGAGUCCUGGCUUAUCUGCUUCGACGAGUUUCAGGUGACGGACAUUGCCGAUGCCAUGGUGUUGAAGCGCCUUUUUACGCACCUUUUCCGUCACGGCAUUGUCGUGGUGGCCACCAGCAAUCGACAUCCCGAGGAUCUGUACAAGAAUGGCCUGCAAAGGACAAACUUCCUGCCCUUCAUCGCGCUGCUGCAAAAACGCUGCAAGGCUUACCAGCUGGAUUCGAUUGACUACCGACGGAUAGCACAAUCCGGCGACACGAACUACUUCGUCAAGGGUCAAACAGACGCAGACGCUAGCAUGAACCGCAUGUUUAAGAUUCUGUGCGCCGAGGAGAACGACAUCAUUCGACCACGGACUAUCACGCACUUUGGCAGAGAUCUGACGUUCAGCCGCACCUGUGGACAGGUGUUGGACAGCAGCUUUGGGGAGCUCUGUGAUCGCCCGCUGGCUGGCAGCGAUUACCUACAGAUAGGACAGUUUUUCCACACCGUUCUCAUCCGAGAUGUGCCCCAGCUCACCCUGGAUGUCAAAUCCCAGAUGCGACGCUUCAUAACGCUGAUAGAUACGCUGUACAAUAACCGUGUUCGCGUGGUUAUAUCGGCGGAUACUCCGCUGGAAAAACUGUUUAGCUUUUCAAGUGGUUCUGGCGCCCUUUCCGACUCUGAUCGGGCGCUAAUGGACGACUUGAAACUGGAUCAUGGGUCUGGUUCCAAGUCAAGCUUCUUCACCGGAGAGGAGGAGCUCUUCGCUUUCGAUCGCACACUAUCGCGUCUGUACGAGAUGCAGAAGCGGGAAUACUGGGAGCAGUGGGCCAAGCAACGAUGAAACCUCCAUAUCAUCAACAAGCAAUAGUAGUUAAAUUAGCGCAUAUAAAUUAUUUAGUCUACCUCGGUGCCGUGGAGUUUUUAAAUUGAAAUUUCUUGUUACUUAAUAACCGCCUAUGCUGCAUAUACAUAGGUGCCUUUUAAAAGUAUUAAAGCAAUAAAUUUAAUAAACAAA